GUAUAAACGGUACAUAUGUCUAACAAUGCAAUAGUCCGGUUUGGAACUUUUCACCCAUACAUGUAUCUGUUCGGCAUCUGUUAAACUGGAUCGCAAGUACAUGAUAUUCAGGCACAUGAAUUAGAGUGAAGUCUGUACAUGCAGUGAUUAUUUCGAAGUUGGAGGCUGUAAUUCGUUUGCACCUACUUAUAUAUAUGGAGCGGAUCGUCACAAGUUUUAACUACUUAUGUGCACUUUAUUGAGGAGCGCAGUUGGUUUAUGUUUCAUGUUUAAUAACUAAUAAAGUCUCUACUUCUAGGCUGAGUGAGUUCUAGCGCUUGCAUUUGUAAUUAUUAAUCUAGUAGACAAGUAAGGCGAAGCAUUAUGCAUGUUUUGGGCGUUGAGCUGGCGCCGUUACAUGUGCCGCUGGAGCGUCGCUUGCAGACGCUCGCGGUGCUGUUUCACGUAAGCACUUUCCUGUUUAUGGGAUUGUCCAGCACCUUCCUCCUUUUCAUGCUCCUCUUCACGCCGCUUGGCUGGCUGUCCCUCCUCUACGCUGUGUGGUACGUGUACGACUGGGAUCGGAGUUCGCGUGGUGGACGUCGUUCUCAGUGGGUGCGUCAGUUGACCCUCUGGCGAUGGUUGCGCGAUUAUUUCCCGGUGCGGCUGGUGAAGACGGCCGAACUGGAUCCUCGCUACAAGUACAUCCUGGGCGCCCACCCGCACGGCAUCAUGGGCAUCGGGUUUCUGUGCUCGUUCGUUACGGAAUCGUUGGAUUUCAGUAAAGUAUUCCCGGGCAUCCAGUUGCAUCUGUUGUCGCUCAAACUGCUGCAUCAGUUGCCGCUGUAUCGGGAAUACGUCAUGUCGUUGGGUGUGUGUGAUGUCAGCAAGGAAAGCAUUGACUACUUGAUGAAGCAGGGACCGGGAACAGCCAUUGCUAUUGUGGUUGGCGGCGCAAAAGAGGUUUUCGAUGCACAACCCGGCAAUACGAAUUUGGUUUUGAAAAAUCGAAAAGGUUUUGUGAAGAUGGCCAUUCAGCACGGGGCCCAUCUGGUUCCAACGUUUGCUUUUGGAGAGAAUGAUAUUUACCGUUUGGUGUUUAACAGCCAGCCCGGGUCCUGGGCUCGCAGAAUACAACGAUUGUUCCAGGUCAAAUCCGGAUAUGCUCCCGUAUUGUUUACCGGUAGAGGCGUUUUCAAUUACACUUUCGGAAUCUUACCGCACCGGAGGCCCAUCACCGUCGUAGUGGGGUCACCGAUUCCGACGGUUCAAAAUGAUCACCCAAGUCAGGAGGAGAUUGAUAUUACUCAUCGACGAUAUUUGGAUGAACUGCGAAUGCUCUUCGAUACCCAUAAGCACCUUUACGGACACGUGGAAGACAAGUUGGAGUUCAUUGAAUAACAAAAAGAUGUUGCUUUGGCGCUUGGAUUAAGGCCUUGUGUUAAAGCUGACAAUCUUUUCGAUUUCAUUACCGUAUGAUCGACUUAUGAAAGGAUCGAGUACAAAAAGCAAGCAAAUGCCAUGCCGGAUAUACGGUACAGAAAAAAUCCUUUCUCAAGGCAAACGAAGGCAUCAGUGCUUCCAAGUUCGCACUGUAGUUAAAAUCCAGGUGAAGUCGCUCCCGGAAAUAAUCCAAAUCCCCCCAGGCGAUUUCCUGCAGACGAAGUAGAGCUGCUUUGAAUGGUGGACUUCGCGGGGGUGCUCAUACUGUCCAUUCGAUUCAAAGCGCGCAUCGCCGGAUUAAAAAUCGUAAACUGUUGGUCUAAUCGAUGGAGAAAAAGCACGAUGAGCAGAUGCUGAGAACAACCGAGAGAAAUUUUAUUAAUUCUACCUGCGUUCACUUGUUGCAACAAAGGUGACUUGGACAACGCUGAUAAAUGUUUUGGAGUAGCAGAGGCAGCGAUGGUCGGUGCACUGAACAACGAUCGGGCAGCGGACAAUUGCGCAACAUCCUGUGCCAUAAACGCCUGCUGUGGGACGGCAACUGGUCCACCACCUCCUUUCAUAAUCUGGAUUUCUUUUCGUAAAUCCUGUAAACCAAAGCCUCGGUACAUCAAUUCUGGACCAUUUAACGAUGUAUGCAUAAUCUAGCAUCUAUUACCUGACCAAUUUUCAACAUUUCAUCGACAGCUACGGCAAUCCCACCGACAAUUUUGGACAAAUACGCGUAGGUCGCUUGCAAAUCUGAAGCAAGCAAAACCAUAAAAAAAGUACAGAGUUUGUAAGAGGCUCCGCGCAGCAUACCCCGCGGAUUAUAACGUUCAUUUCCCGAUCGCAAAAGAUCUUCGUGGAGAUUCUCCAAGUGAUUCAGCUCAUCUUCCAGAAUUUCCAUUUCCGUGCGCAAACCCGACAUCACUUCCAUGAAAUAUCUGAAGGCAACCUCGUCAUUUUUCGACUAAAAGCAAAUGUUAUAGUCUCCAUGAUUUUACUUACGAUUCAAUGGCAGACGCAAUACUGUAAUACGCAGAAGGACUGCUACUCAGGCGCGUGGAGAGAAGCGUGUUGGAAUACAAACGCGCUGCAUUUUUCCGCAACACAUCGAUCACACUGAAAGUCUCCUGAAGUUUCUUCUGGAUUUUCGAGGCCGUGCGAUCGUAGUCUUUAAUUUCCACUUCCCAUUCGGUGGCGUCCUGCAGAGUGUAAGCAUCGGCCCCCUUCUGGGUGUCACGAAAUUUCCUAAUUCGCUUUUCCAAUUCGAGUACUUCAGAUUUGAGGGGAUCGUCAAUUAUGUGAUCCCUCGGCUUCAUUCCUGAGAAUCCCCUGCAAAAAAUCAAAAUAGUCACAAUAGUAACAACACAGUGAGCAUGAUAACCGCUCCGUUGCAACGACAAGACAGUAAGCUUCACUUGACUUCAAAAACUUCACUGCUAUACUGUUUCUAACAGCGCACAGACGCUGAUCGCGGAAAACGGAAGAUAAUCAUAGCAGUUCAAGCAGUUUUUGUUAUCAUCCGCACGCAACGUACACUUUAACAUUUGUCGUCGUUGACUGCGAUUGUGAUGGCCCUGCCGUGCUGGUACUUUGGUCUUGAGUUUUUUUGGGAAACUGAUAUAUGUUGGCUGUGGCGGUAGCUCCGAAUGCGGAUCCCGGUUGAGCAGCGAGAUUGGAAGCCGAAGACGUGGCCGCGCUAGGGAAACCAAAGGUUGUGGACGCUGUUGUGGCGGGAGUGCCAAAAAACGAUGAGCCACUGGGUUUGCUAGCCGUGGAAGCGGCGCCAAAGCCAAAUCCAGUUGAGGGUUGUGCGCCGAAUGAUAAAGUUGGGGCCGUUGUUGCUGGGGCUCCGAAGUUAAAUGCGGACGUCGCCGGCUGUGAUCCAAAGGAGCCAAAAGUUGCCAUGGUCAAUCUUGCACCACGAGAGACUCUCAGCAGUCACAACCAGCCACAAGCUAAAUACUCACUAAAAAUAACAACUGCGAUUCUGCGAACCACUGACUACCCGAGUCAACGGUUCGUAUGAUAGGUAGUAGGUACGUUGUGUAGGUGUCUGGACUUUAUUGGUCAAAUCAAUGCGACAAUACACAAAUUUGAAGAGAAAUAAAGAAACAUGUGUAGGUUGUAAUGGCCAAGGUCUAGGGAACAAGAUAAAAUCAUUAAAUCUGCGUCAACUCCUUUCACUACGGCACACUGAAUAUUUCAGCUCGUGAAAACGGCAAACCCGUUAAAAAAUGAAUUCUUUUCUAGAAAUAUAAGAACAAUAAAACUGAGAAUUCCAGUGA